AUUAAUGAUAUGGGCAUUUUUAAGUAGAUUGUGUGAUAGCCCUUCACAAUGUAUUUGUAUCCGAAACGUAAUGGUGGUGUGAAAAAUUAAGUACCUAACGAAAACUUGUCUUCUUCUAUUUUUCGUAUUUUUUUUUAUUAUGAUCUCAAAAACUUUUUUGAAGUUCUAUUUUUGAAAACGAUUCGGUGAAAAUGUUUUUGAGACAGUUUGUGUUUUGUUUUGCGCUGUUGUUGCUAACGGAAUACUUCGAUGAAACGUUUGGUUUAUCGGAAGGUGACCAAGGAGUAUGCGCUGUGAAAAUAAGUUCGAAGAAAACAAAGAAGAUUUCUUACACUAGGAAUAGUAACAAAUGGUGCGGCAAAAGGAAAUGUAUCGUGAAGGCGAUGAGAAUUCAACCAUAUGUAGUCACUUCGGACGUGAUGAUGUGCUGCAGCGGUUGGCAGUACCAGUCGCAGCAGGAUACAUGUGUGCCUCUCUGCAGCACGGGCUGUCACGGGGGCCGCUGCGUAGCCCCCGAAAGAUGCCAAUGCGACCCGCCUCUGCUUCUCGACCCAGAACACCCCAACACCUGCUUCACUCCCACCUGCGAAUCUUCAUGCUUCAACGCCGAUUGCACUUCAAACAACACAUGUACAUGCCACGAAAACUUUCAAACCUACAACCAGACUCAUUGCUACAGAUGCGACCAGGGAUUUGAAAUCGAUUCCAAUUUCAAAUGCGUUCCGAAAUGUGACAAUCCCUGCGUCAACGGGACGUGCGACGCACCCAACACUUGUUCAUGUUCUUCGGGUUAUAGACUCGGAGAUAACUUCACAUGUGUCCCGGUAUGCGACAGUUGUGUUAACGGGAAGUGCGUGGCUCCUAACAGUUGUGUUUGCCUGGAAGGUUUCGUAGCUAUCAAUGAUACUCAUUGUGAACCAGACUGUGAGGAUUGUGUUAACGGCGUUUGCUCAUCACCUGGUGUUUGCGAAUGUAAUGAAGGUUACACAAAAGACAAUGGUGUUUGCGAAGCAGUCUGCAAUAAUUCAUGUGUUAACAGCAUCUGCUCUGAACCUAAUGUUUGUACGUGCUACGAGGGUUACCAGAGGAAUGAAACGUAUCCUAACGUAUGUUUCAAGCUCGAUGACAACUGUAAUGGCACAUGCAACCUUCAAGGGGAUGGAGUUUGCGAGAGUACGAUCAUGUGA